UCAUAUCACCGCCGCUCCCCUCAUUCCUCUCAUAUCACCGCACUGUUUGUGGCGGCGAUAUCAUUUUCGGCAACCAUGGCAAAGAAGAAGGAGAGGUCCGUCAACGUUUCGGGGAAGCCGAAGCACUCGCUCGAUGUCAACAGAGAUAAUAGCAAAGGCAAAUCUAGCAAUGGCCGGAGCGCCGCCACAGUGCGGCGCCUCAAGAUGUACAACACGCGCCCCGUCCGCAACGCUGGCGGAAAAAUCCUCAAGCACGACCUCCAGUCCAAGGAAUUGCCGUCUACUCGGAUUAUGCCUGAUCGUCGCUGGUUCGGCAACACACGUGUUGUGAAUCAGAAAGAGCUUGAAUAUUUCCGUGAGGAGCUUCAGAAUCGUCUUUCAAGCAGCUAUAAUGUUCUUUUGAAGGAAAGGAAGCUGCCUAUGUCCCUCUUGAAUGAUCAUCAAAAGCAAGCAAGAGUCCAUCUCCUCGACACACAACCUUUUACUGAUGCUUUUGGUCCUAAGACGAAGAGGAAGAAGCCCAAGCUUCUUGCAUCUGAUUAUGAAUCAUUAGUCAAGAGGGCUGAUGGUUCUCAAGAUGCAUUUGGAGAGAAACAUGGUGCUAGUACAUCUACCGAAGGGGAUGAAGAUGGGUUCAGGGACCUUGUACGCCACACAAUGUUUGAAAAAGGUCAGAGUAAGCGGAUAUGGGGAGAGCUCUACAAAGUGAUUGAUUCCUCAGAUGUUGUUGUCCAGGUAUUAGAUGCCAGGGACCCACAAGGUACACGAUGCUACCAUUUAGAGAAGCAUUUGAAGGCGAAUUGCAAGCAUAAGCACAUGAUUCUUCUACUAAAUAAGUGUGAUCUGGUUCCAGCCUGGGUAACCAAAGGAUGGCUUCGGAUACUGUCUAAGGAAUACCCUACCCUGGCUUUUCAUGCAAGUGUAAACAAGUCAUUUGGAAAGGGUUCUCUUCUGGCUGUAUUAAGACAAUUUUCCCGUCUUAAAAGUGACAAGCAAGCUAUAUCUGUUGGAUUUGUCGGAUAUCCCAAUGUUGGAAAGUCGUCAGUUAUCAAUACUUUGCGUACAAAGAAUGUUUGCAAAGUUGCGCCAAUUCCCGGGGAGACUAAAGUGUGGCAAUACAUAACACUCACAAAGAGGAUAUUUCUGAUUGAUUGCCCUGGAGUAGUUUAUCAGAGUAGUGAUACUGAGACGGAUAUCGUCUUAAAGGGUGUGGUACGUGUAACGAAUUUGGAGGAUGCUGCUGAGCAUAUUGGUGAAGUUCUGAAACGUGUCAAAAAGGAGCAUCUGUUCAGAGCUUAUAGGAUAAAAGACUGGGAGGAUGAUAACGAUUUCCUUGUUCAGCUAUGCAAGUCAACCGGUAAACUUCUUAAGGGAGGCGAACCUGAUUAUAUGACUGCUGCAAAGAUGAUCCUCCACGAUUGGCAAAGGGGUAAAAUACCAUUUUUCGUUCCACCACCUAAGGAAGAGGAUGAAGCAUCGGAUGAACUUGAGGCAAAAUCGGAGGCUGACACCAUUGCUGAUGAUAAGGUGGCUGCUGCUAGAAAAGGAAUUGACGACAUUAUUUCAUCCCAGAAAAUUGAUAGCCUUAUAGUUCAAAAGGAUCUCUUCAGUGAGCCGGAGUUGAUUGGAGCUACACUCGAGUCAUCUUAAUGCUUUUCUAUUGCCUUUAGAUUUCGCUUUUCCUAAUUUCAUUUUCUUAUACCCCCUUUUUAUCAUGUCUCUUGAUGUAUGAUUUUAUUUAAUUUACUUAAUUGCAUUUCAAUAUGUAUCAGUUUUGGAGCACUUAAA